GAUGGUUGUUGACUCCACGUGCGCUUAUUGCAUCGUUUCACUUGAGCAAAAUACUCGAAUACUUUGAAAUAAUUCAAGACUCAAGUUUCCCAGACUACUUGUGGAUUUUUGAAACUACAUUCAGCGCUUUAACCAAUGGCGUACACCAAUGAUAUUUCUAAGGCUCUUUUAGACCUUUUAAGAGGGACAAACCAGGUGGCUCCUCAAGGUAACAGAUCUCCAGUUCAAGUUUACCAAGAGGAAAGAGAUGAUUUACAUUUAGAAUGUCAUGAGAAAGAAAGAUCAUUAAGUCCAAGGGAGCUACACAGGUGGAGAAAAAGCCUUUUUUCUGUGUAUGUAGGUAGACUGCCAUCUGACRUAACAUUGAGGGAACUUGUCCAGUUUUUUAGUGAAGUGGGUGUUCCAAAAGAUGUGUUUAUAACUCCACCUGAAGGCAACAGAAGUUACACUUAUGGGUUUUUGCGGUUUGCAACUCUAGCAGAAGCACGUAAAGCUGUUUCUUGUAUGAAUGGACGUAUCCUCGGCAACAGACAUGUUUUGGUGGAAAUUUCGGCCGAAACACGCGAAAAUCUCAACGUCAAAGAAGAAAAAGAGGUUAUCUGUGAUGCUAAUGACAGGCUUCUCAGAAAGGAAUAUCCAAGUGUUCGUCGUCGUUCGGUGCCUGACAACCAAGAGGAUUUCAUCCAGUCGAAACUUCUUCAAUCACUUGCAAAGCUCAAGUCAGACCAGGCCAGUGUUGUAAGUGCGGGCUGUAAAGAUAGUGAAGAGAGUAACGGCCCAUCAUUUCUCGACAAACUAGAAGAAAUCCUAAAGAAGGUUAUGAAAGAAUUCCCAGGUGAGACUACCACCAGACCCACUGCGGACGAGGGACCUGUUUGUACCAUAACAUUAGAAGAUAUGCGGCAAGACUCACUGGAAGCAUCCAAGAACACUCAAAGUUUAGAGUCACCACCUAUGAAUGGUGUUAAUCACUCGCCUAUAAAUAGUGAGCACUCGUUUGUAAAACCAGUGGACACUUCUGUUGCCUUUGUUCCAGGGCCCAUAGGUUUGGAUAAUGGCUUCACUCAAAGUCCAGGGUCACCGCCUAUGAAUGGCAAUAAUCACUCGCCUAUAAAUAGUGAGCACUAUGCGAAACCAGUAGACAAUUCCAUUACCUUUCUCCCAAAAUCCAAGGGCUUGGAUAUGCGACAGGACACGUGGCAAAACUCACUGGAAACACCGAAAAGUACUCGAAGCGUAAGGUCACCGCCUAUGAAUGGCGAGCACUCGUUUGUAAAACCAGUAGACACUUCCGUUGCCUUUGUUCCAGAGUCCAUAGGUUUGGAUAAUGGCUUCCCUGAAUCACAGUCAGAACAAUCUAUGCAUAUCAAAAGUGCUAUCUUUCCGGUUGAAACUUGGAAGGCUGACACCCAUUCCAGUAGCGCAUUGCCUUUAACUAAGUCUACCUUAUCUGGGGAUGAUCUUCGUUUGCAAGAAUUAAAAAUAUCUGAGAGGCAAAACCACGAUACCAAUAGUUCUUCACUUGACCCUUAUGUGUUAUCUAAGAUGAGAGACAUUCCUUGUCAGGAUGUACGGUGUAGAAGUCAGGAGACAAGUCCCAUAGUUCAAAGUAGAAAAUCACCAGUUGCCAAACAGGUAUCUCCUGUAAGCAGAACUGGAGAAGAUUUGAUCAAUGUUAAUGGCAGCCAUCAAGAAGGGUGGUUUAGAAGCGAACCAAGUCCCAUAGUUCACAGUGAAAGAUUACCAAUUGCCAACCAGGUUUCUUGUGUAAGCAGGACUGCAGAAGCGUUGAUUAACAGUGAUGGUAUCAAUGAAGAGAUGAGAAACCAUGAGACAAGUCCCAUAGGUCACAGUGAAAGAUCACCACUUACCAACCAGGUAUCUCGUGAGAGCAGGACUGAAGAACUGUUGAUUAACAGUGAUGGUACCAAUGAAGGGAUUAGAAAUCUUAAGACAAGUCCUAUAGGUCACAGUGAAAGAUCGCCACUUACCAACCAGGUAUCUCGUGAGAGCAGGACUGGAGAAGCGUUGAUUAACAGUGAUGGUACAAAUGAAGAGAUGAGAAACCAUGAGACAAGUCCCAUAGGUCAAAGUGAAAGAUCACCAGUUGCCAACAGGGUUUCUCUUAUGAGCAGGACUUACGCUGCGAUGGAAGCACAACUCAAAGCACACACGCCUUCAAGUUCAAAAGAUAACGACUCACCAAUUAUAAGUAGCUUCAAUUCCCAAAGACAAACAUCCAGUAGCACAGUGAAGGAAAACAUAAAAGCUACUAAUGGUAAUAGUGGCCACGGUCUUUCUUUCCAAGAGCAAAUAUCUCAUAUAGACGAUGGAUCUGGAAGAGAUCCUAAAGAUACACAACACUUAGCUCCAGAUAAUGUUAUGACUUCUACAGAGAUCACCCAGGAUUCCACACGAAGAAGGCAGCAUUCACAUAAUGGAGAAAACACGGAAUUGAAAGGAAGGGAGGUUAGUUUUUCUUCCUUGGAUGAAGAACGAGGGGAUGAUACCAGAAUGCUAGUACAGACACACGAAUCAAAUGGACAUAAGCUCUGCGAAACAGAUUCUUUGAACGAAGAGAAAGAUGAAGACAGGAAAGAUAUGGAAGGAAUUUCUCCACAACGGACACCAGAUCUGGAGCAAUACCAACCAAAAUAUCAACAGGAACAACUGCCAUUGCAACAAGAACACCUUUCAUUUAAGCAACGUUCUGUGCAUGACCUUCAGUUGAAGCUUGGGGAAAUUAUAAAGGAGAACGAACGCCUUCACUCCGCGCUACCAGAACACUAUAAAGACAAGAACACAAGUGGAAUGUACCCGGACAAAGAGAUGUUAAACCUAGAGGAGUCGAUCCACAUUUACGAAGUUGAAUACCAGCGUGAAAUGGAGGUUGCAGUAGCCAGGAAUGCUGAACACGAGUUACUAUACGAGAGAGAAAAACUGUCUGCAGCUUUUGAUACCAACUUACAGAAAGAGCUUGACCUUGAACUUCAAAUGGAGAUGAUGAAGAACGAGAUAAAGUUAGCCAACAUGGCCAACCAGUUACUUACAUUCUACCAGAAGAGAAAUGAUAUGCAAUAAGCCACACCCAGUAUGGACCGGUAGACCCCCCCCCCCAAAAUGCUACGUCACUGUUGCCAUAGCAACUGCCAUUAUUAUAAAGACGUUGAUAUUUACACUGAGUUUUAAUGAAACUCGUUAGCUUCCUAGAUAAUAGACUUUUAGUUUGGGCAUGGAGAUACCUAAUUCAUGAAUGAGUUUCAUUUUUUGGCUUCCAUUUAAAUUUAUAUAACAAUUAAAACUGUUAUUUUCAAGGAAAUGAUACGUGGUCGGAUAUAAAGGGUCGGUGUCCACUGGCAGAACGAAGCUUGAGAUUGGGCAAAAUAACAAAACAAAGAAAGCAUGGAUUAUGGUGAACAAUGUGUAUUGUUCCACAUGUGAGCUGCGUUCUUUGUUUUAUCUCACCAUUCAUUGUUUGUUCAUCCACUCCCAGGCUUCGUUCUGCCUGUUGUGUGUUACCCCCGAUAUAAAGGACGGUUCUUUUUUU